AUGGCAACGUCUGUUGCCCGACCUGGCGCCAAGGCCCCGUGCAUCAUCGACGCCUGCACCGACCCCAGCACCGACGCCUGCACCGACCCCAGCACCGACGCCUGCACCGACCCCAGCACCGACGCCUGCGCCGACGCUCGCACCGACGCCUGCGCCAACUCCGGCGCCCACUCUUGCGCCUACUCUUGCGCCGACGCCUGCACCGACGCCUGCACCGACCCCAGCACCGACCCCAGCACCGACGCCUGCGCCGACUUUGGCACCGACGCCUGGACCGACUCCGUCCCCGACUCCCGUGCCGACCCUUGCGCCGACCCUUGCGCCGACCCCAGCACCGACGCCUGCGCCAAUUCCGGCGCCCACUCCCGCGCCCACUCUUGCGCCGACGCCUGCGCCAACGCCUGCGCCGACGCCUGUGCCAACGCCAGUGCCAACGCCUGCAACAACGCUUGUACCGACCCCAGCACCGACGCCUGCACCGACGCCUGCGCCGACCCCAGCACCGACGCCUGCGCCCACUCUUGCGCCGACGCCUGCGCCAACGCCUGCGCCGACGCCUGCACCAACGCCUGCACCAACGCCUGCACCGACCCCAGCACCGACCCCAGCACCGACGCCUGCGCCGACUUUGGCACCGACGCCUGGACCGACUCCGUCCCCGACUCCCGUGCCGACCCUUGCGCCGACCCUUGCACCGACCCCAGUACCGACGCCUGCGCCAACGCCUGCGCCAACUCCUGCGCCAACGCCUGCACCAACGCCUACACCAACGCCUGCACCGACCCCAGCACCGACCCUAGCACCGACGCCUGCGUCGAUUUUGGCACCGACGCCUGGACCGACUCCGUCCCCGACUCCCGUGCCGACCCUAGCGCCGACCCUUACCAUGAUACCUGCGAUAUCUACACCGACAUCCAGGGGCUGGUCGGAAUGAACCACAAUGGCAUCGUCUGCUGUCCGGUCUAA